AUGAAGGGUCUGAUCAUCAUUGUGCUAUUAUGUCUACCAGCUUGCUUGGCUUACACACUGGAAAAAACAGUAAAGGAAGAACCAAACAUCGACUUUGUUCAGAAAUACCUGGAAAAUUACUAUAAUCUUGAAAAGGAUAUGAAACAAUUAGUAAGAAGAAAUGACAGCAGUGCUAUGAUUGAAAAAAUCCAGGAAAUGCAGAGAUCCCCUGGGUUGAAGGUGAUGGAGAAGCGGGACACUGACAUCCUAGAGAUGACACAUAAGCCCAUAUGUGGAAUCCCCAUUAUUAGUCACUUCUUCAGAUUUCCUGGCUCACCCAGGUGGAUGAAAACCAACGUUACUUACAGAAUUGUGAACUACAUACCGAAGCUGUCAAGAAAUGCUACUGACUUUGCCAUUGAGAGAGCUCUGAAACUCUGGGAGGUGGAGACUCCUCUCACAUUCUCCAGGGUUUAUGAUGGAGAGGCUGACAUAAUGAUUUCUUUUAAGAGUAGAGAUCAUAUAGACUUUGCAUCUUUUGACAUACUUCCACUGGCUGUGGCUCAUGCCUUUUCACCUGGACCAGGGUUACGUGGAGACGUUCAUUUCUAUGAUGACAUACAAUGGACAGAAGAUUAUUCCGGCAUCAAUUUUCUAUUUGUGGCUGCUCAUGAACUUGGUCAUGCCCUGGGUCUCUCUCAUUCGAAUGACCCUGAAGCUUUGAUGUACACGUUAUACAAGGAACUCAACGACUCCUCCCAGUUGCGCCUUUCACAAGAUGACGUGAAUGGCAUUCAAUCCCUCUAUGGACCUCCACCUUCCUCCUCUGAUAACACCACAGUGCCCACAGAAUCCAGUUCUACACAAUCACAACCACCAACCACGUGCCACCCCGACUUGUCAUUUGAUGCAGUAACUACUAUGAGAGGAGAAAUUCUCUUUUUUAAAGAGAGCUAUUUUUGGCAGAAAAACCACAGUGCUCCUGAAUCUGCUAUAUUGUAUUCUAUUUCCUCACAUUGGCCCUCUCUUCCAUCAAAGUUGGAUGCUGCAUAUGAAGCUUAUGCCAAGGACACUGUCUUUGUAUUUAAAGAGAAUCAGUUCUGGGCCAUGAAACUCCUAGAGAUGCAAGCAGGUUAUCCAAGAAGCAUCUACACGUUGGGCUUUCCUCCAACCGUCCAGAAAAUUGAUGCAGCUGCUUCUGAUGAGGAUAACAGGAAAACCUACUUUUUUGUAAAGGAGAAAUACUGGAGAUUUGAUGAGAAUAGCCAGUCCAUGGAUCAAGGUUUCCCCAGACUAAUAACUGAGGACUUUCCAGGAGUUGAGCAAAAGAUUGAUGCUGUAUUUAAAAAUUCUGGAUUGUUUUAUUUCUUCAGUGGACCGGUACAGAUUGAGUUUGACCCUGAUGCCAAGACGGUGACAAAGCGUGUGAAGAGUAACAGUUGGUUAGGUUGUAAAACAUGA